AUGGACACGUCAAAUAGCCUCGAUGAUGAAGUGUUAACAACGCCACUUAUUUCUGAAACAGAUGAUGUCGAAAUGAAGGAGACGACUGAAGAAACAGUAGAAGUAGAAAGAACAGCAGACUAUAAAGCAACGUCAAUUGCGUUGAUUGAAAAAUUACUUCAGUUUUCAUCGCCUAGACUUGAUGCAAAGAUUGUAAAUGUAUUAUUUCUUGAAGGCAUGAUGGAUAUUUGCAUGACACAUAUUACAAGGCUUGAUUUGACAAAGGAACUAAUUGAUUUGUCAAAAUGUACUCUUGAGGAUAAAUUGAGACACGCCACCCAUGAAAGAGAUAUAAAGGAUAUUGAAGCGUUAAAAAGAUCGUAUCAUGCUAUGGAACUAUUAUCUGGUACAACGGCCAAUCAUUUAUGGGUCCAAAACUCUAAAUUUUAUACAAUUGUGAACCAUCUCUUUAAUGUCUUUUUACCAAACUCAAAUGGAAACUUCAAUCACUUCUUUAGGAUAUUUCAACAUUUGGUAAGAAGAUACCCUUGUGAUAUGCUUGAAUUUGUUAUCUUGCGUGAUAAUGCUGCUAUUCUCUUUCACUAUAUGCUACCUUAUAUAACAGAAAGUCCAGUCAUGGAUUCUAUUCUUGGUUUGAUCUUUGUGAGAGAUAUCAACCCAGAAACAAGAGGACAAAGAGAAAGAUGUCAUACUAGGUUACAAGAACUACAGUUUUUAGAAUGGAUAUUUCAAGCCAUGCAAAUGACUGAAUAUCCAAAGUUUGUAGAGGCAUCACAAGAAUUCUUUGCACGUAUUAUCGAAGAGUCAUCUCAAGUUGAAAAUGGAGAUAUCCUAUUCAAAUCUUUAAAUAGAGACAUGAUCCAAAUGCUCGUAAAGCGAAUUCAUAAUAGUCCACCCUCCAAGAUACGUAAACAGAUGAUACAGAUUGUAAAAUUACUAGUAAAAAGCGGAAUGUUGAAUACCAGAGCAUCAUCUACGCCUGUUCAGGGACCACUUUACUUUGUCUCUGUCAAAUCACAAGAGUUACUCGCCGAAUAUUUAUCCGAAUUUUCUUCUUUGAUUGCAAAGGAUCGUGGAGAGAACUGCGAUACAAAACAAUACCCUUUGACUACCUCUGAUAUUGAUUUAUUAGAAAUUGUAUAUCAAAUAUUAUAUAACAUAAACGAAAAACCACAGAUGCUGGCGUCUAUUCAUGUCGAUUUUUGGAAUAUUCUUGUCAACUCGUUCUUUGAGAAAUCAUCAAGCAAUAUCUAUCAUACGCUGUUUUAUAGAAUUUUCUGUUUAAUUUUAUCCAUUAACGAUGAGCAUACGUUGAAGGCUGUUAUAGAAAAACCUUGUUUAAUAGUAAGGCUUAUUGAUGAAUAUCAAGACAAAUCAAAGGAGACAGAUACGCGAGGUUAUAUCUUGCUAAUGUUAAAUCAUCUACGGCUUAUGGCUGACUCUCAGCAAUCAAAAUUUAUUACCCGUACAGUAGCAUCUCAUACUGGUCUUCGGGAGUUUUUACCUACAUUAAGGAAUGAUACCCUUACUCAGCUUCAACACAUUUAUACUUGGAAGUUGGAUGCAUGUCCUCGACCUCCAGCUCAUAUCGGCCCAAGUCCUCCUAUCCAAGUAACUCAUUUUUCUCCUUAUGCAGGUACCAUACCCUUGAUGUCCAACAUGGCUGACUCAGGACAAGAUGGAAUUGAUCUUGGUAGUGAUUUUGCAUACAGUUUAGGAUUUAGUGAUUCUGUAGAAAGAGAAGAGGGGUUUGAGACUCCUGGCUAUCUAUCUCGUAGAAACUCAGAUCAAUCACUAUCGUCUACGCAAAGUGAAUCUGGACAACCGAUAGUGGGCAUCGUCUUUGAGAGUCUGACACCAGAAGAGCCGACACCAACACCUUCUGUUUCUAAAAAGAAGAAGAAAAAGAAGAGAAGCAAAAAGCAUAAAUAA